UGAAUAUAAGUUGUUAAAGCUUAGAUAAAAUUAAUUCAUUCAUAAAAUUUUGAUUGAAUCGUUUUAUUAUAGAUAAUGCAAGAUGCUUCACAUUGUCCCACUCAAACUGAUGAAGAUAACAUGAUGGCUGAAAAUGAAUUAAAAAACUCAAAUUUUCAUUUAAAACCGUAUCAAGAACACCAAGACAUGAUGAUAAUUGAUAAUGAUUUGAAUUUUACAGAUGAUUCCAUAAAUUUUAUGGCUUUGUCACAAGAUCAAAAGGAAUUACCAGUCACUACACACAGUUCACGAAAUGUAAUAAUUAGUAAUACCACCAUAUCUGAACCAUCGGUUGAUUUACAGAUAAAUUUGAACUUCCGACAACAAAAUCAAAAUAUGAAAAUUAAUUGUAAUUCUACCAAUUCUGAUAUUUCAACAGACGCUACACAAAACAUUGAGAAUAAUUUUGACAAAACUUUUCAAAAAGAAUGUGAUAUUCAAGUACAAGGUUUUGUCUCCUCUCCAGAUUUCACUUCACCAGAAGACGAUUUAUUAGAAUCAGUUAUCAUUCCAAGUAUGGAUGAAAUAAUUGUCGACGAUUCUGAUUUAUCAAAUUAUGAAUCAAAUUAUGAGAUUUCCGAAAAAUUAGAGUGUAUUUUGUCAUCUCAAUUAGACAGCGAAACAGUGGAAUUCAUACGAGCUGAGCAAGAAACCGUUAAUGAAGAUAAUGAAAAUUUAUCAGUUCCAGAUUUAGGACAUGAAGUAAUAAAUUUUCAUUCAAUUUUAUCCGAUCAAAAUUCGAUAUCUAAAGAAACAAGUGAUAUUGAUUUUGACCCAGCCCAAGUAAUACAUUCUUCAACUAUCACCGAAGACUCUGCACAUAGCCUUCAACUACCAAAAAUAGGUAAUGAUGGAGAUCCAACAUUUGAAAAUACACCCAUGAACGUACCUUCUUUUGUAUCAAGUACCGAGAAAAUUGUUAUAAAGAAUUCGACAUCAAUCAAGGUUCCUCUUUCGACGAAAGGGUCUUGUGAUAAUUCAAAGUUGAAAGUAGAGAGCAGUUUUACUACUGAUGAAGUAGGAAAUGUAACUUUUCAACCACGGUGGAAGAAAAAGUAUUUCUGUAUAUAUUGUCAAAAAUCAGUAGUAAAGUUACCUCGCCAUAUUGAAACGAAACAUAAAGAUGUUGAAGAAGCUCAGCAGCUUAAAAGCACUCCAAAAGGUACCAAAGAAAGGAAAAAAUUAUUGGAAAUUCUUCGAGACAAUGGCAGAUACAUGCACAAUACUAACCCGGAUUAUAAUACUGGAAAACUACUAGUCAGCCGGCGUCCUAAAUCGGAAAAAAAAGUAGCAAGUGAUUACACGACCUGUGCUAAAUGUCUAAAAACGGUAACAAAAGCAAAUUCUUACAAACAUUUUGCUACAUGUAUUAAUAAUCAAACGAAAGGAUCAAAUUCGUAUAAAUUCCUUGGUCGUUACGUUGAAGGACGUAUUCAUGCUACUGCCAGUGAUACACUGAGUCUAGUUAUUUUUCCGGUAUUCCAAGAAGAUGCUAUUGUUCAUUUGAUAAGAUAUGAUUGGUUACUUAUUUUAUACGGAAACAAACUCUGUUUGAAACAUACAGCACAUUAUCAGCACAAUUUAAUACGUGCACGACUGAGGUUGGUUGGUCGAUUGUUAUACGCAGCAAAAGAAAUUAAUCCGGAAAUCGUAGAUCUUGCUUCUCUGUUUGCUCCAGAGUAUAUUGAUACAAUUGUUAAAUCUAUUGAAGUUGUCUCGAGAAUUGAUCGAUUAAAAAAUGAGUGUGGUGCACCAUCCUCGGCGUUGAAUUUAGUGACUUAUUUAAAACACAUUCGGAAGGUAUACGAAAGUGAACUGGCUAAAAAAAAUGACAAAGAAGGUUUAGAUAGAGUGACAAGAUUUAAAAAAGUAUAUAAGAAUGAAAUGCCAGACUCUAUAAAUAAAAUUGCCACGGAGGCUCAAAGUAAGCUUAAAAGACAAAAAAUCGUAAUACUACCAGUCACUGAAGAUAUAAGACGAUUAGUUCACUAUUUAAAAGUUGAACGGAAGAGGUGUUUUCAAGUUUUGGAGCAUUGCUUUAACCUCUCAGAAUGGCUUAACGGUUUGAAGCUCGUUGCUGCGUAUCUUCUUGUCUUUAAUCGUAGACGAGUGGGAGAUAUUCAAAAUAUUCUCUUAAGUGAUUUGAAUCGUAUUGAGUGUAUUAGUAAAAAAAAUGACCAUGAAGAAUUUAAUUUGUUAGAUGAUAUCGGAAAAAAAAUUGCUGAAAAGUUUCUUAAAAUUGAAGUGAGAGGAAAAAGGGAUCGUACGGUAUCUGUGAUUGCAGGUGCUGAUAUUAUUAAAGAGAUUAAUUUGUUGAUUAGACAUCGUAUAAGUGCAAAUGUACCUACUAAAAAUGAAUAUUUAUUUGGAUUGCCAAAUAAAGUAGACGACCGCAUAAGAGUCAUAAAUAUAUGUAAGGAAAUGAGAUCCUUUUCGGUUGCAUGUGGUGCUGAAAACCGGAAUUAUUACGUGGAACUGGUUUACGAAAGCAUGUAG